GCAGUCGCAACCCAUUUGGAGGUCCUACGAGGCAGGGCUACCAGCCAGUAGACACUUCAUUCAGCAGCAAACCAACAAAGUCAUCACCAGCACAAGCCAACUCAUCAAACAGCUCUCUGAUAUAAUCAGUGGCUCUUCACGGCAAGACCGUCUGCACCUGACCAGACUAAAGACUGAACUCUCAGAGUCUGUGCAGCGCUAUGGGGAUCUGCAGAAGAAAAUUGCAGAGCGUUCAAGGGCCUUGCUCCCUCCAGCGCAAACAGACAAGAAUAAGAGUCCUCAGACCCCAUCCACUGAGCAGAUGGAGGAGGGUCCACUGUUUGGAGAAGCAGUAGGCUCCGAGGGAGGGGCUCAGGCUUUCCUGUCAGAGAUCAGUGAGGAGGACGUGGAGGCGCUUCGCCAAAGAGAGGAGGCCCUGCUACACAUCGAAAGAGACAUGCUGGACGUCAGUCAAAUCAUGAAGGAUCUGGCCAGUAUGGUCCAUGAACAAGGCGACACCAUAGACAGCAUUGAAGAUUACAUCCAGACUACAUCAUCCAACGUUGAAUCAGCCAAUCAGGAGCUUGCAAAAGCUAACCAAUACCAGAGGCAGCUGAGGAAGAGGAAAUGCUACCUGCUGGUGGCCGGAGGCAUCGUUCUCAUCGUCCUCAUCAUCAUCAUUGCUGUUUCAGCGAGGAAAUGAGACCGGCCACUGUGGUAGCUGCUGUCAUUACCGUGUCACCGCAGCGCUCCAGCCCGGUCUGAUCCCUGACCCGAGCAGCUGGUUUCCAGUAGGAGGGAGCUGCCCUGCAACAACGUCUCUACUCCAUCAUCCCUGCCUCUGUUUACAACUGCAUCAGCCUGGGGACAGAGGCCUUUCUCAGCUUACCAAUUUGUCCAGAGUCCCGGUCGGAGACUCUCAUGUAAUCCUUUAAUUUAUUUAUUUUUCGUUGCUGUUACUGUUAGUGUGUCUCAUUUCGGAUACUUCUGUGAGUGCACUUACAUGUAGUGCACUGUGAACACUUGUAGAGUGCAUACAUUUCGACAGGGAAGCGUUGUCUCAAAUCGCGCACAGCCGUUAAGCACUUACCGGAAAUUACUCUUCUUCUUCUUCAGUUUAGUCUCACAUUGCCAGACCUUCUUCCACAGCGCUGCGGAGGAAGGUCAGGCUAGUCAACACAGCAUUCCGAGAUAAGAGAAAAACGUGCUCUGAUUUAUUAGCAUUUCUUUAAACCAAUCACAAUCGUCUUGGGCGGCGCUAAGCGGCAGACGGAGCCACGGUGCCUCUGCAAAAUAGCCUCGGGAAGGAACUUGUUUUGGUGGAACACAUUGAAGAGUUUAGAACGCCAACACAAAGGAAGAGGACGGUAUCGGAUGUCCGCCUGAAAAUAGUGACAUCUGGCGGAAUAUCCGGCGGCACCGGAGCAAUCGCAGAAGUGGAACAUCAUGGAUAUAGACUAAUUUAAUGUUUAAUUGCAGCCGGGUGGAGCUUUAGCGCCACCUUUUCUCAUCCACCCAGCUUGUUUUCUCACUAACUGCAACAGUAUAGUGGUACAUAUCGGAAAAACACGUGUAUAUUAUGUAUAGUUUGUGUUUCGCUGUUUCAAUAACAACCGCUGCAGUAUCCUCGCCCGCCACUUCCACAAGUUUAAAAACACGUUGGUAGUGCCGUAGCGUCCGCUCCGUAGCAAAGAUGGCAUCUGUUGAGCGCGAGUAGUGUCCAGCGAUACACACUCAACAUUUCUGCCGCUUUUGAGUGCAGCAUCCGGGUACUGGCAUGUGCACUGCAUGUGGCCACACGUGUAAAUGCAAUAUGUACUCAAAAAGAGCAAGUGCAAGUACAGAAGUGCGCGAUUUGAGACUCAAAUGUUAUCAUCAAAGCUGAAGUGACACAUGUGAAUUUAGGGAUUACAUCAGAGGCACACAGCUGGGUUGUUUCCUGUCUUGGCUGUCUCCUGUGGAGGGUUACUGUUGUAUAUGACAGACCUUCAGCUCCUAACUGUGCUGUUUUAUCAGAAAACCCAGAUGAAGGUGGAGCAGGAGUAUUAGGGUGAGACAAGGCAGCUUCACUGCUGUACUGUAUGCUCUGUAUCUUUCAUGUAUUUGUACUGAAAUUGAUUGUUUAUCAGCUUGUAGUGUUAUUUAUUCAUUAAUAUAUUGUAGCGUUUGUUGGUAAAUAUUGUUUGACCAAAUACAUCUUCCAGAAUAAAAGUCUUAAGUUCAACAGCAA